AUGAAGAGAAUGUCAACAACGACACUCUUUAGUACCUCGACUCAGGGGCAAGCAAUCAUAUGUGGUCACGAGCACCUAUUCAAAGAAAUGCAGAAGAUUGAAGAUGGCCAUGUGUCAUUUGAGGAUGCGUCGAAUGUGGAAGUCAAAGGCCGAGAAGAGUCGAAGGACCUGACGAAGUUCACAGUCGAUGAGCUUGCUGGUUCUCUCGAGGCACACGAGCAACGCAAGAAAAAGAAGGAAGAACCAUUCGAUCAAGCGCUUCAAACAAAAGCAAAAAUGAUUACUCAUGAAAAGUUCAAAGUAAUGGUGGAGAAGAAAACUGGUAGACCCAUCAAAGCUGUACGAUCCGAUAGAGGUGGCGAGUAUACAUCAACAGCUUUCAUGGAGUACUGCGAGGAGCAAGGCAUAAAGCAAUUUCUAACCGCAUCGUACACCCCUCAACAAAAUGGUGUGGCCAAGAGAAAGAACCGGACCAUUCUCGAUAUGAUUCGCUCAAUGCUUAAGAGCAAAAGGAUGCCAAAGGAAUUUUGGGCAGAAGCCCUGAUCAAACACCACAAGAGGCUUGGAGCGAAUUUGGUGAAAUCGCGGUAUCAGGCGAGAAAAUCGAAGGAGGAUGAACAACCAAAGAACAGAGAGCCCGAGCUUGAAGACAAAGAGCCUAAAUGGCCGAAAAAGCAAUUCGAGGUAGAAAGAAGAAAGAGGAUGAAAAUUGAAAAAGAAAAGAAAGAGCUUGAAACAAAAGUUCAACGGUUAGAGAAGAAAGUGACUGAGCUGAGUAAGAGUUCCUUUUGUCUAAAACAGGAGAAGGAAAAGAAUGAGAAGACAAUCUUCAAUCUUACAAAGAAAGUUGAAGAAGUCGCGGGGAAAGAGAAAGACCUAUUCAUGGAAAUUGAGGGUUUAGUGGACGAGCUAAUACGGGAGAAAAAAGACAUAGAGAUACUGACUCAACAGAGAAACUCACUCAAUGUGAACCUGAAUCAAGUCCGACAGGAGGUAGUGAAUUUACGACACACGAUUGAGACACUCCCUCAUGAUAAAACCAAGCUAGAGGAAACAAGAAUGUUAGCUAUAAAGGUCGUUGUGGACUUACGAAGGAAAUUGAGUAAACGGAACGAAGCCGUGAUGUCUGAGUCAAGCGUAGCUGAGAACUGGAAAAAUGAGGAGGUGUCACAGAUGAGAUGUUCUUGA